AUGGAUGGUUCCAGCGAUCGGAUCUCUGAUCACACGCUCCGGGACGGAGCGUCCUACCGACCGGGAAGGCGAAGUUCGCACCUCCCAGGCGGUCCACAACUACUAUCAGCAACCCUCGGAGAUGACGUGGUGCUUGCAGCGGUGUUUGCAGCUGAGGAACGUGCACGACGGGAUGAGCAAAUUGUAGGCCAGGCGGCUGAGUUGACCCGGGUUACGGUCAAGGCGGAGUCUGUGCAAGAAGAGCUCAAGGCUACUAGGGUGGCCAGAGAAGAGCAAGCGUUUUUGCGAGCUUCCCAGGAGCGCGAAGCCGCUGUGGCCGUCCGUCUGUCAACUCAACCAAGCGCGACAGUUCCUGGGGUCCACCAAGGCAAGGCCCGACAGUCCCUCGAAGCGUAUUCCGUCCAAGGGGUGUUCCCUCGGGACGUGGCCUCGGACUACCGAAUUACUCCGUUGCUGAGUGGAUAUGCUGCUGCUCCCAAGGCUCCCCAGACACCGGGUAUUCGGCGGCGUUGGCCCUCGGAGGUCGGAGUAUGUCCGAUUGGCACGUGCAUCGACGUGAAGGCCAAGCGUUCUGCGGCCAUGAUGCACCUCGGAAAGGAUCCAGAUAUCGUCACGAACGCGGAAUGGAUGGCGUACUUUCAGUACGCCCUGGACGACCAAGCCCUGACUUCGAAGAACAACAUGAUGUCGUUCCACUCGAAGCACCCCAAGAACGCUGUCAAGGCCCUCAUGGAAGGCAUCCACCCAGCAUCUCUGAAAGCAGUGGUCCAGAUCCACCUCAACUUGGACCAGAAGCAUCUUCGCAAUUCUGUGCUCCAGUUUAUGGUGUACGUCAAGACCAAGUUGGUGGCUCAGCUGGAAUUCACAUGGGCCGCUAAAUCUGUGGGCCUAGUGAAGGCGGCCGGGGAAGACAAGCCUCGUCAGAUGGACCAAGCCCCGAAGCGGGCCAGAUCGCUGAAGAAAGAUGUUCUGAGGGCAUUUACUGGACCGAAUCUCCUGGAUGUCUGUGUCUCAGCCUCGGAGACUGAAAAGGAGGCGAUUCGGGAAGAAGAAGUAGGCCAAGUGGGCCAACAGGAAUCGACCUUCAGAGCGCUGAAGGCUCGAAAUGCCCCGAUGCUCUCCGAGGCAGAAGACCCGGACGACUUCAAGGAUGGUGAUAGCCCCGAAGUCGAAGGCGACCCUCGGAGGCUGACAGGAGUAAUCCGCCUCGGACGGUUGCUCACGGACUUUGAAGACGUCUUCCGUCUUGAGUUCCAGAAGGACCCGCCGAUUGCCUUGGAGCCAUUGAAGGUCCGGUUCAUAGUGGACGCCACCCCGACAACGUGUGAGGCUCGACGAUAUUUACCCCUGCUGACGGACUACCUGCGCAGUCACUAG